UCCUCUCCGCAGCCCAUGGAAGAUGCGGCGGGGGGCAGAUCCGAGCACCACCAGUCCACCACGGCGUCGCGGACGCGCCGUCCUUCCGGAUGGAGGACCUGCCUGCGUUCCAAGCAUUUUGCCAGUGAAGACACUAAAUGUGCAGGCUUUCAUAACAGAAUAUGCACAGUUGCAGAAGCUGCCAACAAGACCACAGGGAAUGUUUAUGCAUUUGAGGCAUAUGACUUGUCAAUUAACUCUCUACUCUAGCGAUCGAAAUGCCGAUAAUGGAGUUCUUCAACUGGCCCAUUGUUUGGAUGCUGCACCUGGACUGGAGACAUUGCACUUGCAUAUGUGUUAUCAUAAUUUGAAUGGUUACUGCAGUAGUGAGGUGGUGAGCAUGCGCCCACAUGGUAAUCUCAAGAUGGUCUUCAUGAGCGGGUUUCACUGUUACAAAACUCAGAUUGAGCUGGCGUGCUGUAUCUUAGGAAAUGCUUGUGUUCUUGAGCAGCUGACAAUAGAACCAAGGGUGAUCUUAGGAAACGCUCGUGUUCUUAAGCAGCUGACAAUAGAACCAAGGGUCACAGACUCAGUACAUCUGAUUGAUUGUCCCGAGUCCCGACUGGAAUACUGGCCUCAAAAGAAUUUUACAGAGGGUCUGUGAGUGGGCACAGAUCACCUCGGAGCGCUUCGGUAAGGUGAUCAUUGUCUUAGGGGCCCUCUUCACAGUGAGUAAACCAAUCCUUUUCCCAUCUAUGUUCUAGUAUUAGUAAUCUUUGGUAGUCUGCAGUCUGUUGUGUGCAGCAUUUCAGUGUAGCUAAGAGAAAUUUGUUCAUUCACGUAAUGCCUCUGCAGUGACUGUUGGUUACUAUUCAUGGUUUUGCGGCUUUGCCCCUCUUUUAGAGGAGAAAAAAAGCAAUUAAUUCAUUUGUUUCCAAUGCAUCUGCUCCUAUACCUUUCUUUCGCAUCACGCCUUGCUUUAACCUGAAAUAUCCUGGUGCGCUAUUGUUAGAGGUUCUGAAAUAUCCUGAGUCAUGCAAAUUCAAAUAAACCUGCAUCCCUAUAUGUUCAUGUACAGUUGUACAUUUGCCAACUCUUGAAAGAAGUAAAGCUGUAAUGGGAGCUCCCUGGUAACAAGACUUAUACCACAAAAUCUAUGUAUUGUUGGCUUCCAAGCCCCAUUAUUUAGUCAAACUCUGGAGGUUAACAAUCCCUUUGAAGAUCAGGGUUUUUACAUGGCAAGUUUUCCAUGAUAGAAUGCCUACAAGAGAACAAAUACUUCAUAGACAUGGGCCUACAGAUGGCAAGUGUCCCAUGUGUGAAGAAACCCAAAUAACUGAUCGUCUUUUCUUUUGCCGUCUCGUUGCUAUUGUGGCCUAAUCUUUUGUUGGGGAAUUUUGGGUUGGAAUUGGGGCCCUCUAUCAAUCCAAGAUAUGAUUACUUGGCUGAAACAUGAGGCAAACGGGAGCAUCUAUUAUAUUUGAUUUUGGGAUUACCGUGGUUUGGUGAGCUCUUUGGAACAUCCGAAAGGAUGUACAAUUGUACUUAAUCAGCGACACUUAAUAUGGAUCAGAGGGAGUAAUAAUUUUUUAGCGCCCGAGGCUAUCAAGCAUCCAACUGAGGCUAUCUUUCACAUGUCACUUUUCCUGCAGAAAUGGAGCCUUCUUUGGCACGGCAAGAAGCAGUAUUUCUUCAGCGCAAUCAUUAGCGAGUGCUGUCAAUGAUAACCUGCAGAUUAUUAGUGGGAUGCUUUGUUGCUCAGAUUCUGUAAUCACUAAUGUCUGUUUAACCUUCACCGUAUCCUGAAUUUCUGAUUCUAUGUUUGUCUGUUAGGGAGUCUUGAACUAUGUUCUCUUCACUUUGAUUGUUCAUAUGUACUAACCCCCUCCCCCUUGGUUCAUUUUCCGGGUGACAAAUGGAAUACCUUUUCAAAGUAUAUGCAUAUUGAAUCUUCGAGCCGUAGAAAACAUGUGCACAAAUUUUGUGACAUGACAUCUUACCGCUCCACUGCCCCCGCAAUUCAGUUCGACAUUGCAAUGAAUUUGUGGUCUGUUUGAGCGAGUGCCAACAAAAAUCCUGGGGUAGCCCUGCAGCAUAUUUUGCUGAUCACCAGGUUCAGUGUGUCAGAAAACACCUGAAAGAUGAGGAGGAUGAGGGCGACGAUGAUGGCCGGGCCUGGCCGCAAAUGGAUCCACGUCCCCUGAAGAGAACACGUUUGGUGGGUAGGUGGCACUGGUCGGCGGCGACGCUGGAUCCU